UCCGGGCUAGGACAACCGUGUCAAACAAAGACGACCCGGGCUCGAGGUCAGUGAGCAGCCGAGCCUUGACAGUACAGUCGGGGCAAUGGAGGGCGAUCGUGGCCAUGGGAGAGGGCGCGGAAACAUUCGACCUGCGUGCGAGCGAGCAGCCUGUUUCGUCAAGGUGGGAUGGGAUGCCAGAGUUGAGCAUGUUUUUAUGUAAGCAGCCCGGCCGAACGAAACGUGAGGGCGGGGCUGUUCUGGGCAUGCACCCGAGCCACCUCAAAUGUCCAGCUCCCCCACGGGCAACACAACUGCCUGCUCACACGGGUUGUCGCAGUGAAACAUGUGACCCCUUGCGCGUCCUAGUCCGACAGCCGCGCCAUCAGAAUCCCCUGGCCUGCCUGGGUGAAGGUUCUUGGGCGUGUCGUGCUCCAUGGAUGGAUGGUUGCGCCUCCAAGCAACUCCCCGUCCGCUUUCCGCCUUCACAUGCUCCCGCGCCGGCUUGGCACAAAGCAGGGUCCAGAUCGUUAAGCCCAACGCGGCUGCAGGGUCCCCGAUUGGCGCGCAGUUGCAGACGCUUCCAGCUCUACGUGUCCGCGUAUUCAUCAGGGUCAGGCUCGUCGGGUCAAGAGACUCCUCGUAUUCCAUCCAAAUCGACGCUGGCAAUCGAGCGUCCUUAUCGAGACUUGUCGGGCCACAGUCCUCGUUGGACAAUCAGACUUUCUCCGACCACCUCUAGCCUCCACGAACCCCCCGCCCAGCCCCUGUCGUCUCCGUCGAUCGUUCAGGGAGCCACCUCGGACCAUACCUAGUUUGCAGUCUAGCUCGCCAAACUAGAUUGUUUCAAGCGGCAGCCACCUUUUCGCCCCCAAGAGUGUGCAGGUCUGCGGAUCAAGACGAGGAGGUCCCAGCCCGUUCGCAUAUAAGCUUAGUGAACUUCUGGCCCCAAGAGUAGCCGCGUCGAGGAGUCGAGACAUUGCUUAGUCCGCAGCCACCGCGA